AAGUGUUUACAAGUGCAAAACUGGAAAAAUGGCUUUUAUGAUGCCGGUAGUGAAGAACGAUUGGGACAUCUACAAGUCCAAUCGUUCUAGAAGGGUGUCCGAGUGCUCGAACACGUCCAAUUGCCGAUCGAGGAAAGUGUCGGAAUGCAGAAGCGAAGGGCCGAGUCUGUCGACAUCGCCGGGUUCAGAUUUCAUCACAUCGCCGACACACAAUCGCAGUGUGCCAGCCAAUAUGUCAUCAAAACAAUACUCCAGAGCCAACUCGAGGACGAGUUCAAACAGUUUGCAGAGCCCGAUUAAAAGCGAGUCUUGCUCGCCACCGAAGAACGAGUCGUCGACAAGUCUCAACAAGUUCCACAACAGAUUGCUGGACAAGUUGAAGAAGAGCUUGAAGCACAAGGACAGUGACGAGAAGACGAGUUCAUGAGAAAAGGACGCCAAGGAGAAGGAACUCCACCUCCGGUAGUUAAGGUCAUUGACUGUUGUGUGUUGGCCGGCUUAACUUAACAAAAAUAUAUACAUAAACUGCAAUUUUUUGAUAUACUUAUUGCCCUGUGAUAUGAAGGUUGAUUACAUUUUGUCUUGUGUUUAUUAAUAGCUCGGUCAAUCUAAAAAUCCAAAAGUGUGCUAUGAAAGUGAGGGACUGACUUCUUGUUUGAUAUUUUUCAUAAAAAUACUGCAAGUAAGUUUUUUUGAAAUUAUUGGUAUUAGAGCCAAAAAAAUUGAAAUUUUUGUGUAUUCAGUAUUAAAGCAAUUUUGUUGAGAUUCUGUUUCCUCGCUUUAAGAUGUCAACACGGAAAUAGGUGACUGCACAACAUAACAUACUGGAGUAAAUAGAAAGUACCUACUAUAAUUUCACUUAUUUCCGUUGUUUGAACUCUACUUAAAAAAUUAAGACUGGUAAUUGGAGGAUUUAAGGAGUAAAGUAAAGUUAACAAAUAAAUAAGUAUAUUGCUUGUUAUAUUCAUAGAUUUUAAUAGAAUGUACCUAUGUUAAUCUUAAAUAUUUAUAGAGGGUUAGGUAUUUGAUACACGUUUUUUUAAGCCAAUUCAGGUAAAAAGAAAAAGACUUAAUUAUUUACUCUAGAUUCGAUAGCUCCUAUUGAUUGAAAGGUUCACCUUUAAAUUAAGUACGAGGUUUGAUAUUUUACCUGGGUCGAGUUAAUACUGGGGCAUCUGUAGGGAACACAACAAUUUUAUUUUUAACAUACUCUAGGCAAUUGUAUAAUAGAAUAGAAUUUGUAUUUAUUUUUUUUCAUUAUUUCCCUAAAUGUGUCCCCAGUAAAGUGUUAUAUUGUAUGAGACCAUUUUAGAGUUGGUACUACUCCAAUAUAUCACUGCCCUCAGUUUUUUUACAAAACAUUCCGUAGACGAAUAUUCUAACGAACUUAAGAACAAUAAAUAAGUUAAACUUAAUUAAAAUUUGACAAAAAAAAUAAUUUUUAGACAUAUUUUGUCGAAACCUAUUUGUAUUGAAUAUUGAUUAUUGCUCUGAUGUUUUUGUGAACUGAUUUGUAAAAAUUAAUAAAAAGCCUUUUAAAUGC